CGUGCCAUUGCAAUUGCCGGUAGAUAAAAUAAUCUACAUGUUUUGACAUUAACAAUUUAGAUAAGUCAUGUUCAAGCAAUUAGUGAAGAAAUUGAAAAAGAAGCUGUAAAUAUUUAUUUUUUACAUGCAAAAUCUUUUUGAUAAAUUUAACUCAGCCUCUUUAAAGAGCAAAUUUGUACUGUUAAAAAAUGACAUUCUUUUAAAAUAAAUCCGAAAAACAACCAAGGAUUAAAAAGUUCUGAAUUUCUUGAUUUUGAUCUCAAACACUAUACUACAAAUUGCUUUCUUCUUGUUAUUACAUAAUUAUUCAUUAAUCUACACAAUUCGACUAUCUCGAGUUAAUUUUUGUCCAAUUAAUUUCGACAAUCGAGAUUGUACUGUGCUGUCGAGAAUAGCAUAUCGAAACCGUGCGAAUGCGCACAAUUGAACCCUCGCCACAGGGUGUGCGCGCGCACAACACUACCCCAUCGAGUUCUACACCCCCGACGAAAAUGUGCUUAUCGAUCUGACAUAACUGCACCAGGCGGCAAUAGCCAAGCGGCUGACGUGAAAUGGAAAGACGAGACGCACGUGCAAAGAUGAGAUAAAUGCAGCGUAUGCAAUUACGGAGUGCAACGAAAUCUCGAUCGAAGUCCGUGUAAUUGAUAGCAGAUAAGUCGUAUCCCACCGUCGUUCGGACACGCACGUCGCGAAAGGCCAGAUGAAAGACAUCUCGGAGAAAGCCCGUCUGACGAUGGAAGAAAGGAAUAUCGAUCUGGAAGCCAUUCGAUUCCGCGAUCAAGAUCGCGUGCGUAGAAGACUCUUCAACGACGAUGACAACGAAGUUGAACAAAAUAACAUUACUAAUCAUCUUUCGUCAGAGGAAGAAAUUCAAAGAGAAAGAGAAAAAAGCAAAGAAAGAUGGAAUUUUGACUUUGAAAAGGGAGAACCGCUAACUGGUCGUUACGAAUGGGAAAAAGUGAGCGAAGAUGGAACAGAAUCUUCUAUCCAGUCAAAUAAUCAGAUACAGAAUCCACAGGGAGAAAAUGCGGAGGAAGCACAAAACGGUACAGAAGAAACUAAUGAAGCCAGAGUAGCAAAUUGAUAGUCGAACGUGUGUGAAGAUAAGAUAAUCAAAUAAGCGAUUGAUAUUAUCUGUAGCAAGAUUAAUAAUGACAAAGAUUUUUCCUCGUACAAAAAAAAAUGCAAAAAUUUUUUAUCGUAAAAUUGACGACACGUAUUCUAAUGAUAAAAAUUAUCAAGAUAAUGUUUUAAAAAAUUUUGGUCCAAUUUUUAUACUAUUACUGAGAACGAUGACUCCAAAAUUCUAUGAGCAAUUUGUGAUAAAUACGGUUUCAACAUUGGCAAUUUAGUGUUUAAAGUUUAUUAUUAAAAUAAUAAAGUAAUUAUUUAAAGUAAAGUAUUGUUUAAACAAUAAAUUUA